AGAACCGAAAAGAAUGGGAGAGAAGAGGAUGCAGAACAGGCUGAGCAGAGGACUGUGGAACUAUCACAGCGUUCUCCUGAUCAUCCUCACGCCGCUGCUGCUGCUCCCACUUCCUCUGGUCAUCGAAACAAAGGAGGCAGCAUGUGCCUUUGUGUUGCUGCUGAUGGCGGUAUACUGGGUAACGGAGGUGAUUCCACUCUCCAUGACUGCCAUGCUGCCCGCCAUCCUCUUCCCCCUGUGUGGCAUCAUGACGUCCUCCGGUGUGGCAAAGGAGUAUUUUAAAGACUUCCACUUCCUGCUUGUGGGCGUCAUCUGCCUCGCCACAUCCAUCGAGAAGUGGGGCCUCCACCGCAGGAUCGCCCUGAGGCUCGUCACCUUGGUGGGAGUCAGCCCUGCGUGGUUGAUGUUGGGCUUCAUGUCCGGCUGUGCCUUCCUCUCAAUGUGGGUCCAAAAUACCUCUGCUGUUACCAUGGUGAUGCCCAUCGUGGAAGCUGUCCUCCAGCAGAUCCUGAAGGCAAAGGAAGAAGGGUAUGCUGGUGAAGACAACCCCAACCUGCAGCUGGAUGAAAUCUCCAACGGUCCCGAAGAGGUUAAAGAAACUCGGAGUGACAGCAAGCAGCCAGACGUCCCUAAAGAAACUUCUGUUCAGAUACAAAUGGUGUCGCAGCCUGCAGCAGAUGAGGUGCAGGAAGCGGUGAACAAAAACGCUGCACAGCACGCACCCACGGCUCUCCACAGGAGGCGUAAACAGGACCGGAUGCUGUGCAAAGCCAUGUGCCUUGGCAUCGCCUACUCAUCCAACAUUGGUGGCAUCACCACGCUGCCAGGAACCUCUCCAAACCUCAUAUUCUCUGAGUACCUCAACCAGGUUUACCCAGACUGCAACUGCAUUAACUUUGGGAACUGGCUCCUGUUGUGCCUGCCCGUCAGCGUGAUCAUGCUGCUGCUGACGUGGCUGUGGCUGUAUUGGCUCUUCAUUGGCUCAGACUUCAGGUUCCUGUGGCGGUGUCAUGGUGAGCAGUCUGAGGGCGAGAAGGCAGCGAAAAAGGUGAUAGAAGACGAGUACAAGAAGCUGGGAGCCAUGAGUUCUCAGGAGAUCUUCACUGGGGUGGUUUUUGUGGUGAUGGUGUUGCUGUGGUUGACCAGGUCUCCAGGUUUUAUUCCAGGCUGGGCUUCACUCUUCCCUCAUAAAUCGAACUACGUCACCGAUGCCACCGUGGCUCUGCUGCUGGGUGUCCUCUUCUUCAUCGUGCCUGCACACGGACCCUCCAAAAAAUAUGAAGCCAUGAUCUCCUGGAAAGAGUUUCAGGUCUCCAUGCCGUGGCAGGUUGCCCUGCUGGUUGGUGGAGGCUUCGCACUUGCUAAAGGUGCAGAGGAGUCAGGUCUGUCGCUGUGGGUGGCGAGGCUGAUGACACCUCUGGGCGAACUGCCAGUCUUGGCCACAGUCGCAAUUGCCUGCAUCAUUGUCACCACGCUAACAGAGGUGGCCAGCAACGCCGCCACCAUUACCAUCUUCCUCCCUAUUCUCUCUCCUCUGGCUGAGGCCAUACACGUCAACCCUUUGUACAUCCUGAUUCCUGCCACCCUGUGCACAUCCUUCUCCUUCCUGCUGCCAGUGUCCAACCCGCCCAACGCUGUCGUGUACGCCUAUGGACACAUCACCAUCAUAGAUAUGGUGAAAGCGGGGCUUGGCGUCAACAUGAUUGGAGUCCUCGCCGUCCUACUGGCCGUGGCCGCGUGGGGAGUUCCUUUAUUCUCUCUGGAUACGUACCCGGACUGGGCACCAACCCUCCCCACCUUCAACUCCACCGUGCCUUGAUGAGCGGACCUGGGCGUGGUUUUCGAUGGUCAGAUUCAGGAUCCUCAGGAGACACAAAAGAGGCUCCUCAGUGCCACUCUCCAGAAAUGGGUUAAUGUGCUUUAUCUCACCCAAAGCUAAAAGAAUGUAUUCAUUGUUCUGUGGUGGUGUUACUGCUUCCUCUCCACCAGCAGGUUAACAUUUAGGUGCCCCUGUUUUCCUGCUGGCGGUCUCUCUAUACAUAGGUGCCAAUGUAUAAAC